AUUAAGGGAGAUAAUCGUUUACAAAAUUUCGUGCGUGUUAUACCACAAAAACAGCAUGGAGAAUUUGGACAAGAAAUUACAACUACAGCAUCAGAUAAAGGAAAAGGAGGUGCUUCAAAGUGAACUGUCAACAUUAAAGAAAGAAGCAAAAGUAUACAAACAACAACAGAACAGCAAUGUGUUUUUCCUGGCAAACAAAGACAAUGUUUUUAGUGAAUGCAAAAGAACCCUAGAUAACCUGGCAAAAGAAUACAAAGACAUGGAAUCUGCUGGGCCCUCUGAAGAUCAGGGGGAAGAGUAAACAGAACCUUAACAAAGUGGGAGGAAGAAAUGGAGCGAGACCAAAGACAGAAGAGACAAUGGAACAUUUAAUUGUUCCUGGGGAUCAAGGGGAGAAAGAAUUGACCACACCCACAGACUCACAGGAGUUUAUCUUAAGGAGGAAACUUGAGUCACAUCCAACAGAAAUGUGUGAAACGAUAAAAAUAAACAAACAUGUAUACACCUGGUCCAGUACAGAUAUCUAUAGGAAAUAUCCACCAUCAUGACUGGACUGUGCGAAGUGUUUUUACAAAUUCAAACAUUAUAUCAUAAAAUAUGAAUAUUUUUGUGAGUAUGAUUCAUCAGGUUCCUCUUUCCAUAAAGUAUGUGUCCAUGAUUCUAACUCUUCAACCUUGUUGUCGAUAAGGUCUAGUACAUUUCCUGCACCGGACCUGAAUGUUAUGCACUUUAGGAUCCAUAUGCGCCUAGACUAUAACAGAUUAACAGGUCCCUGAAAGUCUAAAAAUAUAGAUAUGAAAUAUGAUUUUAACAUUUUUAUGUAAUAUCUAUAUAUUUCUUUCUUACAUUUCAUUGAUUCUUAUACAUACCAAGAUAUUCAAAUAAUUGUGUACAUCUUGUCCCACUUUUAUGGUGCAAUUGAAUACCGGUAAAUCAGAAAUGUCAGCAUGUUACUUGGUGUGGUAAAAACGUCGUCCAGGACACAAAUCAUUUGGCAUGGAGUUAUCCCCCCUUGGACCACCAUGGAAUAAACCUUCUGGCUAUCAUUUUGAGUCAGUGCAAAAGAUCAAGAGGCAGUAAAUUGAACUCAGAAUUAUUUAUAUAAGUUUACACAUUCUUCAUGUUAUCCAGAUUGAAAGCUGUGAUUAAUUGCCACUGUCCUUGUUAAAAUAAAGUGUUUUUGCAAGCUUGCAAACACAGUUACAAAGUCA